AUGGCGCUGCUCUCCUCGCCAAUAGUGCUAUUCGCGCUUCCGGCGUUCGUGAUCUACUACAUUGUCUCAACUUUUCUUGCCCGUCGCCGCCUUCUUCUCUUUGCCAAGGCAAACGGUGCAACCUUUCCUAAGCACUACUCCUCGAAACUACCCUUCGGCAUCGACUAUGUCUGGCGCACCCUCAAGGUGGUGCGCAGCGGCGGCGACAUUCUCGACGAUGUCAUUGCCCAAAAGUUCAAAAGGUGCGGCGACACCUUCAGCACCACGGGCUUCUUCGGCCCAGCCGAAGUGAACACCAUCGACCCAGUCAACAUACAGGCCAUCCUCGCGACAAAGUUCCGCGACUUUGAGCUCGGCCCGCGCAGAAUUGCCCAGUUCAAGCCGCUGGAGGGUGACAACAUCUUCACCCACGACGGCCCCUUCUGGGAGCACUCGAGAUCGUUAUUCCGACCUCAGUUCUCGCGGGAGAACAUCAACGACCUCGAGGGUACGGAGCGUGCCGUGCAAGCUCUGUUCCGGGCUCUCCCUCUCGUUGGAAAACAGACAAGCGACGGUGCCAUUUCUGUCGAUAUCAUGCCCUUGAUCUUCCGCUUCACACUCGACACGGCAACCGGCUUCCUCUUCGGCGAAACCGUCGACUCACAAACGGCCGCUGCUCUGGGCAAGACGUCGUCAUCGACAAGUGCGAUGACGGCUAUGGCAGCCGACCAGGCAGGAAGCGACAUGUCGUUUGCCUCGGCCUUCCACGAGGCGCAAAUGUACAUCGCCAUGCGCGCUCGGCUGCAGGGGCUGUACUGGUUAGCACCCAGCAGCGUGGGCAACAAGUCUAUUGACUUCAUCCGCCGAUACGUCGACCACUACGUCCAGCUGGCUCUCAAGCGCGCGAAACCGUCGGCGGACAAGUUCAGCUUGCUGGAUACCCUCGUAGAGCAGACGCGGGACCGCGGGGAGCUGCGGGACCAGAUCCUCGGCUUGCUGAUGGCGGGUCGGGAUACCACGGCGACGCUGCUUUCGUGGGUGUUGAUGAUACUUGCGCGGAACCCGGCCGUGUUUGAGAAGCUUCGGGCUGAGGUGGUGGCGGAGUUUGGGGAGUACUCUGAGAAGCCUGAGGGCAUCGACUUUGCGAAGCUCAAGUCGUCAAAAUAUCUUCAAUUCGUGCUACGGGAGACGUUGAGAGUGUACAAUGUUGUGCCUCUUAACAGCCGGUAUGCGGCACGGGAUACGGUCUUGCCGAGAGGUGGCGGAGCCGAUGGGUUGUCGCCUAUCGUGGUCAAGAAGGGACAGACGGUCACCUUUGUACCGUAUCUGCUACAUCGGCGCUCGGAUGUCUGGGCGGAUGCGAUGGAGUUCAAGCCGGAGCGGUGGGAGGGUGUCCGACUGGACUGGAACUACAUCCCGUUCAGUGGUGGCCCAAGGAUCUGCUUGGGACAACAAUUCGCCCUCACGGAAUCUGCGUAUCUCUUGGUCAGGCUCAUUCAAAGGUUCAAGAGUAUGGAAUGGAUAGGGCCACAAGGCGAGCCGAGAAAAGACAUCCACUUUACUAUGGCUCCCAGAGAUGGAGUCAGUGUAAAGCUCCAGUAUGCUGAGUCAUAA